AUCACCCUGGAUGUUUCGGUGAUAAUUCUCCAGUACUGACUGACGGACCCGAACUACCUCAUAGAUAACAUACUAUAUUCGCGUUAGUCCCGGACACCUUAGGCUUGUUCUCCUCAGCCUCGAUGACUAAUGAGUUUUCAUAGAAUGUUUGCUCUAACAAGUAGCAGAGAGGUCGAGACUACGGUCACCUCUACUUCUGCUACAGAAACCUCCACUUCCCAAUCUGCAGUCUCUCCCCCCAGAUGCAGCGCAUAUCUGACAUGUUUAUACUUUCCGAUAGAAACUUGAUCACUCCUCGGGGCCUUGAUGGUCCUACUGUCUUUUCGCAACCCAUUUUAGGAGCAUCAGCAAAUACUGACUUACCACCUCUUGGAACUCCAGGGAGGGUGAUUAUUGGCAUUAUCGCUGGAUUCUUGGUCUUUUUCACCCUCCUUCUGCUCUUGGUGUUCGGGCAGAGGAAGGUAAAACGCGACGGGGCUGGUGACAACGAUGCUGGUGACAUUGUUUCAACACCCGUUGCACCUGAUCCAAUCCCUACCCCCAUCUUACCAUCAUCAUCUUCCUCCUCGCGGAACGCAUCUAUCUUGACUAUCGAAUCUCUCGCAUGCGACCUCCCAAGGAGACUAUCACAAUCUUCUCGAAACGCAUAUGAAGAAGAGAUCGAAUGGCCACGAGAAGAGGUCUUGUCUCAGAAAAAUUAUAUCCGGUGCAUGCAUGAACAGAUGGAGCUCAUGAACACUGGCUCCCCACCGCCAUCUUAUCGCUCGGCGCGUAGGAGUGAUAUUUCUAAUCCCUUUAUUCAACACUCUUCCUUGUCGUCGCUGCCACCAUUACCGGGACCUUCGCGCCAGAUUCGGUGAUACAGUCGAGUCCUCUCCUCUGUUGGAAAGGAUGCCAUUGUU